AUGCUUGGAAACCUCGCUGACAACUUCAUGCAGCAACUAACGGCAUUCAUGCAAAAGUGUUCGGAGCGGGGGGAGAUACCCGGGGAGUGGAAGAAAGCAAAUCUAGUCCUCAUUCCCAACCCAGGAAAAGAACUCAAACUAGAGAACCUUAGGCCAACCUCCUGUGUAGGCAAGGUCAUGGAGCACGUCAUACAGAACAGGCUCAACGGAUACUUGGAAAGUAAGGAACUCUACCCGAAGAGCAUGGUUGGAUUCAGACAACAACUAUCCACAAACGACGUCAUGUUACAACUCAAAGAACAAGUAUUGGAAACGAAGACUAGUGACUGGAGAGUUAUAGUGGGACUGGACGUCAGCAAAGCGUUUGACAACGUCAAAAACCAAGCGAUCAUUUCACACCUCAAUUAUCUCAAUGUAGGAGGCAAGCUGUACAACUAUAUCAAAAGCUUCCUCACGGACUGA